AUGCCGCCCAAAAAGGUUCCCCAGAAGACCGGAAAGCUCGAUCCAGUCUGGGCCAAGCCUGAGGAUCUGAAGAAGCCCGAAACUGUCGGCGAGCGGACCCAGCAACGCAUCAACCUCUCGACGCCAUACCAUGGCAAGGAUCUCAAUGACCUUACGGCCGACGAAUUGAAGAUCUACUCGCACACGAAUCUCAUCAAGCCCAUCAGUGAGGGGAAGAUCAGCCUAUCCGUAAAGGCGGAGCGCGAGUUCUGGAAGGUUGUCAACAAAGAAAAGCUGCCCAUCCGCCACGUACGAGACAAUUACGACUGGGGUAAAGACAAGAACGGCAAAGACAUUGCAUCAUAUACCAUCGAGGAGCUCAACCAGCGCAAGGUCAAGCAAGCGCGAUAUCGUGCGCUGUCUCUUUUCUCGAGACAGUUUGUUCAUCUGAGGGACCAGGCGAAGAGGCAGGGGGCCGAGUUGGCUGAAACACAAAUUGAGGACGAGCGGAAAAGAAGAAGAGAGAUGGCGGCCUUGAAGAAAGACUUGUACGGGGAGCUCACGGCAAAGCUGGUGCAGGAUCCGGUCUACGAUGACAUUAUCCCAAUUCCCAUGGAGGAGCCCGAGAACGCUCUGGCUCGGAUCGCUUAUCCCGACUUUUAUGCUGAAGCUAUCUCAUACCUUCGCGCCGUCAUGGUGGCCGAGGAAUAUACCCCACGAUGUCUUCGCAUCACCGAGCACGUUAUAUCUAUGAAUCCAGCGCACUAUACGGUAUGGCUCUAUAGGUUCAAGAUCAUUCAGGUCCUGGACCUGCCCAUCCCCGACGAGAUUGAGUGGCUCAACGAGGUUGCCUUGAACAACCUCAAGAACUACCAAAUCUGGCACCAUCGCCAGCUCUUGCUCGACUACUACUACCCAAAGAUCGCCGACGACGAGGACGCAGUGAAGAAGCUCGCCAAGAGCGAGAUCGACUUUGUAAACCAAAUUCUGGCAGAGGACACCAAGAACUACCACGUGUGGUCAUACAGGCAAGACAUUGUCGCCAAGCUUGGCAUUUGGACAGUGGCGGAGCUGGGGUCUACUCAGAACAUGAUUGAGGAUGAUGUGCGAAACAACUCAGCCUGGUCGCAUCGAUUCUACCUCGUCUUUUCCGACCCCAGUCAGUCAACAAAGGAUGCGUCGCCGACGGAACACGACCCCAAAGUCCCGGAAUCCAUCAUCGAGAGGGAGCUCAAGUAUACACGAGACAAGAUCCUGCUGUCCCCCCAGAACCAGUCCUCGUGGAACUACCUCAGAGGCGUGCUCCGCAAAGCAGGCAGAGGCAUGAGCACGGAGGAGGGCUUUGCAUCUCAAUUCGCGGAGUGUCUAGGCGAGGAGGGAGAAAAGGUCACGAGCUCGCACGCACUUGAAAUGUUGGCUGACGCGUCUGUGGAAACAGGCGAUGCCGAGAAGGCGACACUUUGCUUCACGAGACUGGCCAAGACGUGGGAUCCUAUCAGAGAGGGGUAUUGGCAAUACCGCAUUAGCCAGCUCAAAGAACAAUAG